CCUCUCCUCUCUGUGUUUCAGGGCGAGCCGGGCCCCCGGGGCGAGCCGGGCGAGAGGGGCACUUGGGGGGAGGGUUUGCACCAGCUCCGCGAGGCGCUGAAGAUUUUAGCGGAGAGGGUUUUAAUCUUGGAAACAAUGAUUGGGCUCUACGAGCCAGAGCCCGGCUCGGGCAGCGGUGUCCCCAGCACGGCGACCCCCGGGGUGCCCCGUGGCAAGCGUGGCAGUGGCCAGCCC